AUGACCGACGACCGGCUCAAUUUCAAUAGCCACGUUGAUUAUGCUUGCGAGAAGGCAACUAAAGCGAUCACAGCUUUGACCAGAAUCAUGUCAAACAGUUCCGCGAUUAGUAGCAGUAAGAGAAGACUCCUGGCUGGUGAAAUCACGAGAAGGAACCUUACUCGGCUCAAUAGCACCUAUAGGCUGAUGGCCAUGAGAGUGGCAAGUGCAUACCGUACCAUAUCGAUGGAUGCGGUCUGUGCCAUAGUAGGAAUGACCCCCAUAAACAUCUUAUUGGAGGAGGACUGUGAGUGCUACAGACUGCGAGGAACGGUUGGUGCUCGCAUGAUUGCGAGAGCCGAUUCGAUGAGGAAGUGGCAGCUGGCUUGGGACAGUAGUUCGAAAGGAAGGUGGACAUAUCGGCUCAUUCCGAACCUGUCGCUGUGGGUGGACAGAAAACACGGGGAAGUGAACUUCUUCCUGACACAAUUCUUGUCGGUCCACGGAUAUUCAAGUAUCUGCACAGAUUCGGACACGCAGAGUCCCCCCUUUGCCCAGCCUGCCCGAACUGCGAGGAGACACCGGGCACGUGUUCUUCGACUGUCCUCGAUUCAGGACAGAGCGAAGUGUGCUCUCAGUAGGCAGCGCUAG